AUGGAGGCGCUGACGUUUAACAUCAAUGGCGGCUUCCUCGAAGGCGUCGUGCGCGGCUACCGGUCGUCCAUGCUGACCAGUGGAAACUACCAGGCGCUGACGCAGUGCGAGACGCUCGAUGACCUGCGCAUGCAGCUGUCGGCGACGGACUAUGGCAACUUCCUUGCGUCGGAGCCGUCGCCUCUGGCUACGUCGGCGAUCGCGCACAAGGCGACCAAGAAGCUGGUGAGCGAGUUUGAGUAUCUCCGCACGAACGCGACGGAGCCGCUGAGCAAGUUCCUGGACUAUCUCACCUACUCGUACAUGAUCGACAAUGUCAUCCUGCUGAUUACGGGCACGCUGCACGGGCGCGACACGCACGAGUUGCUCGACCGGUGCCACCCACUGGGAUGGUUUGAGACGCUGCCUGCGCUAUGUGUCGCGACAAGCGUCGAGGAGCUGUACCGCACCGUGCUGGUCGAGACGCCGCUCUCGCCCUACUUCCGCGACUGCUUCUCCGCCUCGGAGCUCGAUGACCUCAACAUUGAGAUUAUCCGCAAUAAGCUGUACAAGGCGUACCUCGAGGACUUUUACCAGUUCACCCAGACGCUCGGCGGCACGACGGCCGAGAGCAUGCACGAGCUGCUCGCGUUCGAGGCCGACCGCCGCACGAUCAACAUCACGAUCAACUCGUUCGGCACGCUGCUGAGCAAGACAGAGCGCGCGCGCCUUUUCCCGACGAUCGGCAAGCUGUACCCGGCCGGCAACAACGCACUGGCCAAGGCCGACGAGCUCGAGCAGGUCAAGACCAUCGUCGAGUCCGUGCCCGAGUACCGGCGCCUCUUUGAGGACUCGGGCAACAACCUCUCGUCGGGCGGCGGCGUGAGCGCCGACUCGCUCGAGGACAAGAUGUUUGAACUGGAGGUCGAACUCAACCGCCUCUUGACCAUGACACAGUUUCAGUACGGCAUCUUUUACUCCUGGCUCAAGCUCAAGGAGCAGGAAAUUCGGUCGAUCUGCUGGAUCGCCGAGUGCAUCGCGCAGAACGCACGCGACCGCAUCUCGGACUUUGUGCCGCCCGUAUAG